GGAAGAGACAGCUGAUGAACAAUGGGGGUGGAGGUGGUGAUGAUGAUGACAGUGAGAGGAAGAAGAAGAGGCGGCUGAUGGACAAAUGGGGUGGUGGUGGUGGUGGUGGAGGAGGUGGUGAUGAUGAUGAUGACAGUGAGAGGAAGAUGAAGAGGCAGUUGAUAGACAAAUGGGGUGAUGGUGGAGGAGGUGGUGAUGAUGAUGACAGUGAUAGGAAUAAGAAGUGGCGGCUGAUAGACGAUCGGGGUGGUAGUGGUGAUGAUGGUGGUGGUGCAGGAGGAGGUAGUUGUGAUGGAGGAGUGGAUUGUGGUGGUGCUGGUGGUUUAGAGGCUGAUGGUAAUUUACUUGCCGGUGGUGUCCUGGGUGGUGUUUCCGUGGGUGGUACACGGGGAGGCACUGGUGUUGUUAGAGGUGGAGAGGGUGUUACGAUUGGUGGUGGUGUAGUUGUUAAUAAUGGAAAUAGUGGUGACAGUGAGGAUGGUAGCGUUUUGGCUCCGGGUGGAGGAAAUUGUAACGUGGGUGGUGGUGGCAAGGGUGUCACUGUUGCUGCAAAUGACAGCAGCACUGAUUCUGUGGUUGGUGGUAUUAGUGGUUAUGUGGUUAGUGGCAGUGAAGGCUCUAUCGUUGAUAGUGGUAAUGUCGGUGAAGUCAGAGGUAGAGGUGAGGAGUGUUUUCCUGUAGUUAGUAAGAAUGUAGUAGAUGGUGAUGUGGAAGGUGGUUGUGGUGCUAUGGGUUCUGUUCGUGGACAUAAUCUAUAUGUGCUUGAAGUCGGUAAGGGAAUGGAUGCCCAUAGGGACGGUGAUGGUUUGUUAGUUAAUGCAGUUGGUAAUGCUAUCGCUAGUGGAAGUAGUGGUGGUUGCGUGGUUAAAGGCAGUGGUGGUGCUUUAGUUAAGGCUAACAGGGGUCGAGGUGGUCGCGGUAGUCGUGGCGGUGGUAGGGGUGGCGUCGGUGAAAAACGGGCUCGGAGUGGGCCUGCUCUCUCUGAUGAACAGUUGCAGAUCACCCCGGAGAUGGACAUCGAGCCGCUGUGGAUGGCCAGCCUGCUGGGCCACAGCGACGCUGAAGUGAUGCUGAACACCCUCUUCCUCAUCAACAGCAUCUACUUCAGGCUGGUGACGAUGCGCGAGCACGUCAACAUGCUCUGGGGCGACGUGCAGUGCCACAUGGGCACACAGAGUGACUGCUAUCUGCAGUAUCGGCCACUUUUGGAAAAAGACCACCCGAAUGCAGAAAAUGACUCUGCGCCACCAAAAAUAUUUGCCAAUGUCGAGCGCUCGGAUAGGUGCCCGGUUCAACUGUACUUAUUAUACAGCAAUCACCGGCCCGAGAAAAUGUGCGUCCCCGACGCCCCGUUCUAUCUGUCAGUCAACACGAGCAGGGGCGUGGUUUCCACGUUUAAAUCUGAGAAGCUGCGCAUGAUCAAGCUGAAGUGCCUUUGGAAAAACCUGGCCAAGAUUCUCAACGUCUCGAUGAGUGGAGAGGUGGCACCGCCACAGGAACAGCAGCAGUUUCCCUCGAAGCAAAUUUCCAUCGUCUCUGGUGACCAACAUACCUUGGCAAUGUGUGGAGUUCAUGAAAAGCAAGAUCAGGUUCUCACCUUGUGCUCAAAAUCCACCCCCCAGAAACUCUUCCAGCAAAACAAACUUCCCAGUGUCAGAUGUAUUGUUUCUACAUCCACCACUACCACCGAAAAAUCUCAUGAUGAGAGCAUUUCAACUGCCACGGAAUUAAUCUCGAGUACUGACCCAAUCGUCAACGCCACUGACACAAGGGAGGACAUGGACAACCGUUCCACCUCAGAAUCGGAGUUAGGGUGCAUCAGAAUGGACAACAACAAUGAGGGCUUUACACAGGGCUCAGUAGCCCUGUCCUCUACAGACUCAAUGUACAACUCUGUAACAACGACCACAGGGAUCAUUCCCAGCACAUGGUGCCCAGAGCACAGGAAGUACACGGAGAGUGUGAUCUACUUUCUGACCAAGGACAACCUGCCACUGAACACUGUGGAGAAGCCAGGCUUCAAGCACAUGCUCAAAGUACUCAACUCAUCCUACAAGCUGCCUGACGUUGGCUUCUUCUCCAAAGUGGUGCUGCCCAGAGUCUACAAUGAGAUAUUCCAAAACCUUUUGGAAAUACUGCACAAGGACUGCACGGGCUUGUUUGCCAUGAUCGCUCAGACUAGGAAGAUUGAGAGUGAGGUGCACAUGUACUUCAUGGUGCACUACAUAGAUGUCAACUGGAAUAUGCACAGGUGCUGGCUCCAUGAGGAACACUGCUCGUCAAGUGGCCUUAGGACAGAGGAACUGGAUGCGGUGCUAAAACACGUUCUCAUGGUCUGGAGGCUCAAAGCCAAGAACAUGGUGGCCUUCACUACGGACUUGACAAGCGACAUAGUCAAUACAUGUGCUUUGCACGGCAGCUACUUUGUGCCCUGCGUCAACUGGUGCCUGAGCCUGGCCAUUCACAAGGGCCUGAACGGCAUGCGGCUGCAGAAUUUGGUUGAGGCCAGCAAGGUUGUGGCAAGAAAAUUUGCGGGCUUGCGCUCGGCACCCACACAGGGCCGGCUGGAAAGAGAGGAGCACAUGUCAAGUUGGAUCGAAACUCUAGAGCUGCUGCAGGAGAUGCAUCACAUUUACACAAGUCCCUUGGAUUCGCAUUCUAGCAGCAAUUUGGAGCAGUUACCGCUGCUGGAUUUGCAGGACCUGGACUCCCUGCAGUCAGUAGUCCUCGUGCUUCAGGCCCUGCGUCGAUUUGUGGUGGAGUUGGCGUGCGAGCCCCACGUGCCUGCAUCGGCGAUGGAGCCACUACUGCAGCACGUCAAGGGCAUCCUCGUUGAAGAGCACUGGGACACACCCAUGAGCCUGUGCCUCAAGGCUACCAUUUGCCACUCCCUAAGCAUAUUGUAUACUGAUCGCGUGGACACCGCCAAAUUCCUGCAACUGUGCACCAUCCUCGACCCCAGGUUUCGCAGCUUUCCCAUGGCCGGCGUGGCCGAGGUGCUUCCGCUGGCCCUGGACGAAAUGAACAAGGUGAUGUCAGCAUGGCUUGUGGGGGACGGGAGGCCUGAGCUCACCCCUACCGGUUCAAGCGUCGCACCGGGCCAGGCCACGGCCAAUGAUAUUAGACCCAGCAGCUUUGGUCUUGGGGCCAAUAUCCCUCCAGCCAGCGGCCUCAAAAGCAUCUUCAAGAAAGAAAGCGGGAAUGCUCUCCACCGCACUCUGCCCGAGCAGAUUGCCGUGGAGCUGGAGAUGUACCUGCACGAGCCCCCUCCAGACAUGAGCAGCUGCCCGCUGAUGUGGUGGCGCUUCGCCGAGCAACGCUUCCCUGUGCUCGCCCUGCUUGCCCGUGCAUGCCUGUGCAUCCCGGCCAUGGCGAGCAGCUCCACCCCGGCCUUACCUCGGCCUGGCAACAGCAGCAACAGCGGUAGCAACGGUCCUAGAACAGACAGAGACCAGAAGUUACUCGACCAGAUAGUGUUUCUUUCCACAAACUUGCCAUAAGCCAUGUAUACACACCGGCACACUUGUUCGAUAUUAACACUGGUCAACAAAAACAUUUUUAUCUGGCCUGGACUUUAGCAGCGGUUUUAGACUAAUUUCAGGGUGCUGAUUCCAAAUCUGAUCUCAGAUUUGCUCUAUCACAUCUCAUUUUUAUGAUAUCGGCAUACCCCAUUUUCAUUGCUUUAGUGUUAAAAUACGGUGCUGUAUUUUUAGGAUAGUGUGUUUAUAAUAUCAUUUUAUGUAGAUAUCCACAUUUUUUUUUAUAUUUUUCUUCUGCAGUUUUGAUUGAAAAUGCAAUAUUUGAUAUCUCAAAAACCUGACGUGAUAGACAAAAACUGAUGCCACAUUUGGAAUCAGCACCCCAAAAUUACCUUAAACCCGUUGGUAUACCUUAUGCCAGAAAAAGUGUGUUGUCCAGUGUAAUGUUUUUUGGCGUUACAUAGUUGUAGUGUAAACGCAUUAUUCAUUGGUUGUCACAGUUGUGUUAGUAACUUCUCCGAAUCUUAUGGGGUUGUACCACGUUGUUGGGCAUGUUUGACGUUUUUGAAGUUCCCAGCACGACAUGCCAAAAAUCACGGUACAACCUGAAAACACAUUGAAGGGCAUUAAUCGUGUUGACACUGGAAAGAUUCUGAACAACAUGAGGAAGAUUACUUUGUGAACCACUGAUUAAAACAUAAAUUGUUUGGUAAUACAAAAGAGCAUGUUAAAUUAGUAACAAUGGCUCCACGAACGUAAAAAAAAAUCUGGCCAUACCAUCAAUACUCCAUUCUUGUAUAAAAAGUUAAUCUUGAGACAAAGUUUCAGCAAAUUUAACAAGUAAUGUAUACAAGAUUUAAAAAGCAUGCUUGUAACAUUAUUCCUCUUUUAAAAAUUGUUUUCUUAAACUUUAUUUUAGAGAAAAUAUUUGCCCAUCGGCUGCAGUUUUUGAAUGCGAUUUCACAUUGUCCAGAAUUUGCGGGGAAGCGAGUUUUUAAAUGGUGCAGUGUAAAUGCGUAACAGACCUCAUAUGAACGAGCAAUCUGUGAGUCAAAUCACUCCUCACUUAUGCACGCUACAAAAAACACCACCCACUGUUUGUCUUCCACCUAAUAUUAUUUAUCUACAGCCAGCAAAACAUACAAACGCCACUUCAAGAUAACAGAGUUGCUAUUAAAUUUCGAUUUAAAGCUUUCGUGACUGCAGGGAUUAAUCUUCUUUGUUCUUUCGGUAUUAUAUUAUUUUAUUAUGUGUUAUUUUUAUUAUUUUAUUAUUUACAUUCUACGUGACUCUACCGAAAGAACCAAGAAGAAGAGUUGCUAUUCACAUGGUCACCAUUCAAUUACCUAUUCCUGCAUGCUCAUAUUAAAUUUAACAGUGAUUAUUUACAAUGUCCAUCAUUGUAAAUGUUUCCUAUUGUCUGCUAUAACGGGCUCGUCAGGUUGUUCAGGAUGCCUUGUUAAUUGUUAGUAUAAAAAUGUGAUUUAGUCCAUGGGCCAAAAGUUUCGGUUUUGUACAGCGUGUGGUCUAGAUGUCUUGUUACCUCCCCAAUUUAUUUAUAUAAAGCUUGAUAUUGUUUAAGUAAGUUGUAUUGAAAACAGAAAUUGAUAGGAAAAACGUCUUAUGGGUCAAUUAGUUGGUGAUCACGAGAUAUCUGCAUCACCCUGCACAAUGUUAGUGGAGGUAUUGGUUCUAUACAAUGUAUGCCCAAUGGAAGUGAGUAAAAUGCAACAUUGUUGUCAAUGUUUAUUACAUCUACAUUUCAUCUAUGGUUAUCAUUAAGAUUGUAUAAGAUACACAACAGUUGUAUCCAUUUUACUAUAUAUUUUAUCGUAGUUAUCAGUGCACUUAAUAAGUAAAUUUGGAAAUAACUAGCUAUUACCAAAUACAGUUGCAAAACUUUUUCCAGAUUACUUAACAAAAUAGGGGUUAACUAUGAAGCCAUAAAUUUCCGCCUUUAUUUCGUGGUCAUGAUUACGUAGGUUGUAAAGUUGCAAUGAUUAGAAGACUAUUGGCAAGCUUUUAUUGAAUUUAACUUUUCAGUCAUUUCGUUCAUACUGGAAGUAUGCAAAAUCAUAAAACAAUUAUAUAAAGUAGAAUACAAUUAUAAAGUUACGGGAAACUGAUAUCGUACUUUCGGAUUUUUUUUAUUGUAUUGUCAAAAAUAUCACAGCAAGGCGAGUUAUCAGCAUUAAGGGAUCCCCAAAUCGUAGCCUACUCCUACGGACCUGCGAUGUGACAAUCCACCUAGCACCUGUACAAGAUCUGAUUUAAUUUCUCCAUAUCCUCGGCCAAUAUUGUACAGUUAUGGAUGUUUAUAACACACUAACUUUGCCAUAUUCUUUGGGUCUUUCGGUAAAGUCACAUAGAUAGGUUCAAAGAAAAUUACAAAAAAAACUAGGACGUUUCGAUCGCAACACUAGUGUUCAUCAUCAGGAACGCUUGUGUUGCGAUCAAAACGUCGUAGUUUUUUGUUAUUUUCUUUGAACCUAUCUACGUGACUU